GUCGGAAGACUUUGCCUUCCUCGCCAUCUCACAGUAUGACGAUGGCGCCAGCGACGAUCGCAGCUCUCGCAGAGAGCGGAGCAUGGCCGCGUGUCGAGGCAUGGCUGCGCAACCAUACGCUCGGCGACGUCAACGCCACGGCCGGCCUCCACGACGCCACUGCGCUCUCGUUCGCGGUCCAGUACGGACAAGCUGACGUGCUUGAGCAGCUCCUGUGCCACGUGGACAUCGACGUCGACAAGGCCAACGAUAUGGGGCGAACGCCGCUGCACGAAGCAGCGAGCCGCGGCCGGUGGCCGAUUGCCGACGCGCUCUUGCGCAGCUACGCCAACAUCAACGCGAUAGACAAGCAUGGCCGUACGCCGUUGCACUAUGCCACCGAAGCGGACUGCGACGCCAUGGUGCGAGGUCUCUUGUACGCCAACGCCAACCCGCACAUCAAGGACAAGGCGGGCCGUCUGCCCAUCGACGUGACGAUCGACGUGGCCAUGCGCACCCUCCUGCAGGCCGCGAUGGCGUCCGACGCGGACUGUGCGCUUCGCGGUGACUGGCGGGAGCUCGAGCGGCGGGCGGCGACGCAUACGCUUGCCGACGUCAAUAUUGUCUUUGGCAUUCCUCGGUGGACGCUCUUGUCGUACGCCGCGAGAGAAAACCAGGGAGCGCUCGUGCACCAUCUCUUGCGCUGCGACGGCGUCGACAUCAACAGAGCCAACAAGGAUGGAAUGACAGCCCUGCAUGAAGCCGCGCAACGCGACCACCACGACGUCCUCGUCGCACUCGUUGAAGCUGGGGCCAAUGCGCUUUUGAAAAACAAGGAAGGCCAGUUGCCGAUCCAGCUUGCGACCACGGACGGGCGCUUCCGUAUGUUGCUAGCCUCGGAUCUCUCGUUUGGCGAAUGCGCACAGCGUGGCUUGUGGAGCGACGUUGCGCGGCGCGUGGACGCGCGGUCAAUCACCGACAUCAACACUCGGAUCGGCGAGAAGCGGUACACGCUGCUAAGCUUGGCAGCGCGCCACGACAAGCUCUCCGUCGUGCGACGCCUCAUCGAGUACGACGGCGUCGACCUCAAUGCGGCCAACAUCGAUGGACGCACGGCGCUGCACGAAGCCGCAGCGAAGAACCGCAUCGCUAUCUUGGCCUUGCUCCUGCACGCAGGCGCCAACACGCGAUCGAAAACCAAGAGCGACGAGACUCCGAGAGACGUCGCUACGGUCGAGUGCCGCCGCCUUCUCGAGGCAAUGGAGGGCAUGGUACCGCGACACCGUCUGACCGCAGCCAAGGAUGGUCUCGUGUGCCCCCAGUGCACGUAUGCCAACGGCAUCUACGACGCGCACUGCGCCAUGUGCGAGUUUGAAUUUGCAAGCAGUGCCAAGGGCCCGGGCGACAUUGCAGCUCUCGAGGCCGAGGUCGAGCGACUGCACGAAGCGACGCUUUGCAGCAUCUGCGAAGAGCUCGUAAAGGACACAGUGUUUCUCUGCGGCCACGAAACCUGCGGCGCGUGCGCCACAAAGAUGAAGAACUGCCCCACCUGCCGAAAGCCCAUCAACGUCCGGAUCCGACGCUUUGUAUGAACCUACCCUAAUGCCAUGGCGUCUACAUAUGCGGUGACCACGCGUCCUUCUACCG